AUGGCCCCCGCCAAGUGCAAGACCCCCGCGUCUUCCAAGAUCACCAAGGACGUGAUCGACGCCGUCGUCGCCGACUCCACGAAGAAGAAGGACGAGGACGCGCGCAAGGCUGCCGCCGAGAAGAUCACCGAGCUCGUCAACGCCGCCGGCGUCGCCGAGGAGCCCAUGCUCAUCGACCUCCUCGAGGUGGCCAUCACCCUCGCGGGCGACAACAAGUCCAAGAACGUGCGCGAAGCCGCCGACGUCGCCAUGGCGGCGUUCCCCGCCAAGCUCUCCGAGUUUGCGGUCCGCGCGGCGCUCAAGCCCAUCUUCGUCGGGUUCCAGUCCCAGUUCUGGCAGUCCACCACCGCGGCCCUCACCCUCCUCGAUUCCUUCAUCGAGCGCAACCCCAAGGCUGUCGCCGCGUGCCUUCCCGAGAUCAUCCCUGAGCUCGCGCAGGUGAUGGUGCACAUGCGCGACGAGGUGAAGCAGGCGUCCACCGCGACGAUGGAGAAGUGCGGCAAGUGCGUCGGCAACAUCGACAUCGACCCCUUCAUCCCCACCCUCAUCGAGUGCAUCCACAAGGUUGACGAGGUUCCCGAGUGCGUCCACAAGCUCGCGGCGACGACUUUCGUCCAGCAGGUUGAGGCGCCCACCCUCUCCAUCAUGGGCCCCCUCCUCCAGCGCGGUCUCUUCUUUCAGCAGAUCACCGCCAUCAAGCGCAAGUCCGCCGUCAUCAUCGACAACAUGUGCAAGCUCGUCGAGGAUCCCAUGGACGCCGCGCCCUUCCUCCCCAAGCUGCUCCCGCUUCUCAAGCGCGCCAUGGACGAGGUUGCCGACCCGGAGUGCCGCCAGGUGUGCACCCGCGCGUACAAGACCCUCCUCGUCGCCGCCGGCGAGUCCUCCGACGCCAUGCUCAAGAUGAUGACGGAGAUCUCCGGCGCGUCGGAUGCCGACAUGGCGGCUUUCGUCGACACCGCCGAGGUGAAGCCCUACUUUGAGUACAUCUGCACCCUCUCCACCAACGCGCUCCUCGCCAAGAACUUCGAUUUCGACACCUGGAAGAAGUCCUGCGCCACCCCGUACCUCGCGCUCUUCUUCGAGGGUGCCGAGGACGCCACCAAGAAGCUCGUCGACAUCGCUCACGCCGAGUACGAGGCUUCCAAGAAGGUGUUCAUCGUCGAGGACGAGGAGGGCGAGGAUCUGUGCAAGUGCGACUUCUCCCUCGCCUACGGUGCGCUCAUCCUGCUCAACAACGCCACCCUCCACAUGAAGAAGGGCAAGCGCUACGGUCUCUGCGGCCCCAACGGCUGCGGUAAGUCGACCCUCAUGAAGGCCAUCAACAACGGCCAGGUUGACGGCUUUCCUCCCCCCGAGGAGCUCCGCACCGUCUACGUCGAGCACGACAUCCAGGGCGACCAGCACGAGAUGUCCGUCGUCGAGUUUGUCCUCGACAACGACGUCAUCAAGCAGCACGGCACCACCGCCGCGGACGUCGAGGCGACCCUCCUCUCCUUCCAGUUCACCGAGAGGAUGAUCAACGGCCCCGUCGUCGCCCUCUCCGGCGGCUGGAAGAUGAAGCUCGCGCUCGCCCGCGCCAUCCUCAUGAAGGCUGACAUCCUCCUCCUCGACGAGCCCACGAACCACCUCGACGUGAAGAACGUCGCGUGGCUCGAGGAGUACCUCUGCUCCCAGAACACCGUCUCCUCCAUGAUUGUCUCGCACGAUUCCGGUUUCCUCGACCGCGUGUGCACGCACAUCAUCCACUACGAGACUCGCAAGCUGGUCACCUACAAGGGCAACCUCACCGAGUUCAUCCGCCAGUGCCCCGCGGCGAAGAAGUACACCGAGCUCUCCAACGACGAGCUCAAGUUCAUCUUCCCCGUCCCCGGUUUCCUCGAGGGCGUGAAGAACAAGGACAAGGCCAUCGUCAAGGCGAACAACGUGCACUUCACCUACCCCGGCACCGACCGCCAGAUCAUCCAGGGCGCGUCCAUCCAGCUCUCCCUCUCCUCCCGCGUCGCGUGCCUCGGCCCCAACGGCGCCGGUAAGUCCACCCUCAUCAAGUGCCUCACCGGCGAGGUUGAGCCCCAGAUGGGCACCGUGUGGAAGCACCCCAACAUGCGUUAUGCGUACGUCGCGCAGCACGCCUUCCACCACGUCGAGCAGCACCUCGAGAAGACGCCCAACGAGUACAUCCGCUGGCGCUUCCAGACGGGCGAGGACAAGGAGAACCUCACCAAGGUGACCGCCCAGUACACCGAGGAGGAGGAGCGACUGAUGAAGGAGAAGAUCCCGGUUCCCCAGGAGGAUGGCUCCAUCCUCAAGCUCGUCGUCGAGAAGAUCAUCUCCCGCCGCCAGAAGAAGUCCAAGUACGAGUACGAGGUGCAGUGGAAGGGCCUCUCCAUGGACAACACCUCCUGGAUGGAGAAGGAGAAGCUCGAGAAGUACGGCUUCGCCAAGUACCUCGUCCGCAUCGACGAGCGCGAGGCUGCCCGCGCCGGUCUCUACGCCCGCCCCCUCACCCAGGCUAACGUGGAGAAGCACCUCAUCGACUUUGGCCUCGACGCCGAGUUUGGCACCCACAACCGCAUCAAGGGCCUCUCCGGCGGCCAGAAGGUCAAGCUCGUCCUCGCCGCCGCCAUGUGGCAGCAGCCCCACAUCGUCGUGAUGGACGAGCCCACCAACUACCUCGACCGCGACGCCCUCGGCGCCCUCGCCUGCGCCGUCAAGGAGUUCGGCGGCGGCGUCCUUCUCAUCACCCACUCGUGCGAGUUUGCGGACGCGCUCAAGGAGGAGACCUGGGACGUGCCCGGCGACGGUAAGGUGUACAUCACCGGCAACAAGUGGGGCCAGGGUAAGAAGGGCACCGGCAAGAGUGAGAACAUCGAGUGGACCCCCGAGGAGGACACCGUCGACGCGCUCGGCAACGUCGUCAAGGUCAAGGGACCCAAGAAGAAGCUCUCCCGCAAGGAGAUCAAGGCCAAGGCCAAGGCUCGCGCGGCGAAGCUCGCGGAGGGCCAGGACCUCACCACCGACUCCGACUGGGACCUCGACGAGUACAUCGGCGAGGCCAAGGAGAAGAAGGUGAAGUCCAAGGACUAAUAAUCACGACGUCGAAAGCAUCAGACAUCACUUAGUACACUGGCCGACAACGCCUGUACGUGACGGGGGGACGCGCCGGAUGGAAACUUCGUCCGGGAUUGGUAUUAUCGCGUCCACCCGUCGGGUGUUGCUGCGGCUGCCGCUCGCUUAUUACUCCUAGCCUUUGCAUAGCCUCUUCCCUCGCCCGGUUCUUUUUGACGCCGGGCGCGGAUCGCGUGUGUUUCUUCGCACUUGCACUUACUUUAUUCAACCUUGCCUCUCUUUUAAUGACAAGCAAGAACAAAAACUA